AUGGCCUCGAACCUGCUUGAAAUCCCAUUCCGCCGCACCCACUCCGUUGACCUCUCCUCAGCCAUCAAACAAUACAUCUCUAAUAAAUAUGAACAAUCCACGUCAAACUUUGCGGAGGAUCUGCAGGAGUUUGACCUACUCCGCGCUGAUGCCAUCAGCGUUCAAGAACCGCACAUCAGUGGAAUCAAAAGGUUGACUCGAUAUGCCGCCCAGCUACGCUAUCUCGGUGGAAAAAUUCCCAUAGACAUCGGCGUGGACUUUGCAUGGUACCCGGCGUUGGGCUAUGACAGAGACAAGCCGGUGAUACAGAACAACCUUCGAUUCGAUCUGGCGAACAUUAUCUUCAACCUCGCCAGUCUCUACUCGCAGCUUGCAGUUGGGACGAAUCGCUCGACGAUCGAAGGACUCAAAGCCGCAGCCGAGUAUCUGGUUGCCGCGGCCGGGACUUUUUUUUUCAUGCGGACAGACAUACUGCCGGACAUGCGCUCGACACCACCUGAUGAUAUGGACGAUAUAACGUUGGACAGUCUACAGCAACUGUGUCUGGGCCAGGCGCAGGAGUGUUUCUGGCAGAUCACAAUCAAGAAGAACAUGUCGGACGGCACUGUGGCAAAACUGGCCGCAAAGGUUUCAGACUACUACAUCAUGGCGGCAGAUGCAGCUCGACAGUCCCGAGCAGUCAGUGCCGAAUGGAUCCACCACUUUCAAGCCAAACAUCACCACUUUGCUGCCGCGGCCCAGUUCAGACAGUCUCGGUAUUGUCUGCAGAAUAAACAGUACGGAGAGGAAGUCUCACGGCUGAGGGACAGUAUUGCUUGUGUGAAUGAGGGACUCCAGGAAGCCAGGUGGAUCAACGCCACGGUGCUGGGCGACCUGAACGGGCUGAAGACCAGAGUGAAUGAAGAAUUGAAACGUGCAGAGAGAGACAACGACAUGAUCUACCUUCAAGCACCGACUCCUAAGUCAGAGCUCCGGAUUUUGGAUCGCACCAAUAUGGUGGCUGCUAAAACACCGGUGGAUGUCGCAAACGGCAUUUCACUCUUAGGCGAAGGGCGGCCUUUUGGGAGACCAUUGUUCGAAAAGCUCGUUCCAUACACGGUGCACCAAGCUGCAUCGAUAUAUGCUGACCGAAGGGAUCGACUGGUCAAUCAAUCUAUCAUUGCGGAUCUUGAAGCAAUGACUUCCAAACUCGGAGAAGUUCUCCAGUCACUUGAUCUACCUGGCUCAUUACAGGCGCUAGAAAAACCGCUGGGCCUACCGGGAAGUCUGGUGUCCAAAGCAGAAGAGCUUCGACAACAAGAUGCCUUGUAUCGAAUCAAGAGAGCAAUCGACGACACCGCCAAGCUGAAAACUAAUGAUUUGGCCAUAUACCAAGAAGGCAUUACCCUUCUUGAGGCCGAAAAGGCCGAAGACGAUAGACUACGCGCCAGAUAUGGCACGGAUAGAUGGAGCCGUCCGCCAUCCACCACCGCUCUGGCCAAACUCUACCAAACAUCGAAAGAACUUCAGACCUAUCUAAAGUCGGCCGCGUCGAGCGACAACCUAGUCCAAUCCAAGUUCCGGGAAAAUGAGCACAUUCUUCGAAUAUUGACAGGCACAACCCGAGAUUUAGAGCGCUUUGUUCCGUCGUCCGAUCAAGCUACAAUGACACCAGCUAUCGAGCAAGCCGUAUCUCGCCUACGAAGAUGUCUCGAUGAGGUCUCGCGACUAGAAGCACGGCGGAAGAACAGCAUUCACGCACUCAAAGAGAAAGCUGAAGCCGAUGACAUUGGCCCGGCUUUGCUGGGCGAAGCGGCCCGGCUGGAGCGUGAGUACCCCAUGCAAAAGAUCGAGCCAGACCAAUUCGAGAAUCUGUUUAUAACACGCUUGACGGCCUACGACUCUGACAGGCAAGUGUUGGACGCCGAGCAAGAAGAACAAGACCAGGUCGUGGCUCGCCUGCGGGAAGCAAACAAGGCGUUUGUUGAAUCCCGACGCGGGAAUACCAGCACACGAGACCGUCAAAAGGCGCUACAGGCGCUCGAGACCGGGUAUGCCAAGUACAAGGAGCUCAUCAGCAAUUUGGACACGGGGUACAAGUUUUACAAUGAUUUGGCUGGGCAUGUUACGCGGUUCCGAGAGAAUUGCAAGGCCCAAGUCGCCCAACGUAACGUCGAGGCUAGUCAGGUCGAGGACGAGCUCGCGGGUCAAGAUAUGGGUCGAUUGACUCUCGAAGAGACCAGACGGGAGUUGACCAACCAGAGCCAGGCACAGCAACUCCAGCCUCCAGCGAGACGCAGUAGUCGGCACCAUAACCAGCAGCAGCAGCAACAACCACAACCACAACAACAUACUCUCCUAGCUCAGGCUCAGGCUCAAGCUCAAGCUCAGGCCCAAGCCCAACCUCACUCUCAACCUCAGGUCAACUCCCAGGAAGCCAUGACCGCCCCUGUCCCGACCAGAACUCUUCAUCCUGCCGCAGGAGCACGGGGGAUGAUUCCAUCGUCGUCGCCGCCGUCGUCGUCAGCGCCAUCGACCGCUCCCUUCCCCGUGGCAGGGGUUUCUGGCGGUACUAUUGGCGGCGGAGGUGUCUGGAGUCCAGACAUGGGCAUCCGGUUCGGUGGCCAAAACACCCAGCCGGGUCAGGCUGGUUAUCCUGUUCCCAGGAGGCCGCAGUGA